GCAAAUAAGCUUUUGUUACUGUCUGCCAAAUGGAGGGUCCUUAGUUUUUUCUCUCUCUCUCUAAACAAGCCAAAAAAAAAAAAAAAAAAGCCUCAGUACUCCACCACCACCAUCUUCUUUCUUUCUGCUUGUUGCUGCUUCAUCUUUCUUUCUUCAAUUUCUACUUGGGUUUUCUCUUAAGAGAUCAACUUCACAAGUUUGCUUCACAGUGAAAUAGUAUUAAUAGUGUGAUUGGGAAUAGUUAUGUCUCCACCACUCCUCAAUGUGGGGGAGGAGGAGGGCCAGAGUAAUGUAACUCUACUGGCUUCUUCGACCUCCUUAGGAAGCGCAUGCUCAAAAGGAUUAGCGCUUAAAGAGCGUAACUAUAUGGGCCUUUCGGAUUGUUCAUCGGUGGACAGUUGUAAUAUUUCCACCUCAUCAGAGGACAAUACUGCCUGUGGACUAAAUCUCAAGGCAACCGAGCUCAGGCUUGGGCUCCCCGGGUCGCAGUCCCCCGAAAGGGCCACAGAGCCUUGCCCUUUGGCCUCGACAAAGGUUGAUGAGAAGCUUCUCUUUCCCUUGCACCCUGCCAAAGAUUCUGCUUUCUCGGUAUCACAGAAACCAGUAGUCACUGGCAACAAACGAGGAUUUUCAGAUGCUAUGGAGGGAAAAUUUCUAUCGAAUUCAGGUGUGAAAGCAGGUGAUACAAAGGAGGCCUCUCGUGUGCAACCACCAAAAAUGAAAGAUGCAACUACUAAGAGUACAGUUUCAGAGAAGCCUUCUGCUGUGAGUGGUGCCCCUGCUACCAAGACACAGGUUGUAGGUUGGCCACCCAUUCGAUCUUUUAGAAAGAACACAUUAGCAUCUGCCUCAAAGAACAACGAAGAGGUGGACGGAAAAGCUGGAUCACCAGCUCUUUUUAUUAAGGUUAGCAUGGAUGGUGCUCCUUAUUUGAGGAAAGUCGACCUCAGAAACUAUUCUGCAUACCAGGAGCUCUCUUCUGCUCUUGAAAAAAUGUUCAGCUGUUUUACUAUUGGUCAAUAUGGAUCUCAUGGAGCUCCUGGGAAGGAGAUGUUAAGUGAGAGCAAAUUGAAGGAUUUGCUUCAUGGAUCUGAAUAUGUACUAACUUACGAAGAUAAGGAUGGAGACUGGAUGCUUGUCGGUGAUGUGCCUUGGGAGAUGUUUAUUGAUACCUGCAAGAGGCUGAGAAUCAUGAAAGGUUCAGAUGCCAUUGGCCUGGCCCCAAGGGCUAUGGAAAAGUGUCGUAGCAGGAAUUAGCCUAUCUACACAUGAUGAAAGCUAUCCAUCCAGUUACUAGUAGGAGAGGGGAAACAAAACGGGUGAAGAGCUCAUAAACUUGGAUCCUUUUUAAAAGGCAUAAACAGCGGCUGAUUGUUGGUCUUGGCAGCGCAACAUGCGUAGAUACUUUACCUAAUUACCACAUGGUGUUUUUUUUUUAUUCGCGUAAUAUAUGUUGUCUAAGGUCUUUAUCUUGUCUAUUUAAAAAGACCCUUUUGAUAUUGGAGUUUGUAUGCAAACUAAUGUGUGUCGUGUACUGAGAGUUCUUCUAGAGGUAAUUUGGUAAUGUUUAAUUGUAUUGCUUGUUGAAGUUCCCUUAUAAGUGUGUACUUCAGACCCAA